AUGCUCCUCUUCCUCGGCCUGGCCGUCUUCUUCUCCGCGAGCUUUUCCAUGGAGAUGAACCAGACCUCCAAGCUGCUGGCGGACAGCGGAGAGCAGUGCUCGGCCUGCGACUUCCGGGAGCACAGCAAGCAGAUGAGGCUCCACAGCAUCAAGUCCCAGAUCCUCAGCAUCCUGCGGCUCGAGCAGGCUCCCAACAUCAGCCGGGACAUGAUCCGCCAGCUGCUCCCCAAAGCGCCUCCUCUGACGCAGCUCCUGGACCAGUACGACCCGCGGGUGGAGGAGGAGGACCACGCCACCACGGAGACCAUCAUCACCAUGGCCACCAAGCCUAAUCCGAUCACCCAGGACGAGUUGUCCUCCUGUUGCCUGUUCAGCCUCAGUCCGAAGAUCCAACCCAAAAACAUCCUGCGCGCUCAGCUGUGGGUUCACCUGCGGCCGGCCGACAUGGUCACCACCGUCUUCCUGCAGAUCUCCCGCCUCAAGCCCGGGAAGGAGGGAAACAGCACCCGAGUCAGAGUCCGCUCCCUGAAGAUCGACACCGAAGCCGGCUCCGGCUCCUGGCAGAGCAUUGACAUCAAGUCUCUGCUGCAGGCCUGGCUGCGUCAGCCGGAGACCAACUACGGGAUCGAGAUCAACGCCUAUGACUCCAACGGGAACGAUUUGGCCGUCACCUCAGCAGAGCCUGGAGAGGAAGGACUGCAACCGUUCAUCGAAGUGAAGAUCCUCGACAGCCCCAAGAGAUCCCGCCGUGACUCGGGCCUCAACUGCGACGAGGAGUCUGCGGAAACCCGCUGCUGCCGCUACCCGCUCACCGUCGACUUCGAGGAGUUCGGCUGGGACUGGAUCAUCGCGCCCAAACGCUACCGGGCCAACUACUGCUCGGGGGAGUGCGAGUUCAUGCACCUGCAGCAGUACCCGCACGCACACCUGGUGAACAAGGCCAACCCGCGGGGCACCGCGGGGCCCUGCUGCACGCCCACCAAGAUGUCGCCCAUCAACAUGCUCUACUUCAACCGCAAGGAGCAGAUCAUCUACGGAAAGAUCCCGUCCAUGGUGGUCGACCACUGCGGCUGCUCCUGAGGACAUCGGCUCAAUCACAGAAGCUUUGUUUUCAGCAAAAUGCAAAAGUUCGAUAUUUUGUUAAAAAUCUAAACUUAAACCCAGUAGUUCCUGAAAAGAAGCAUAACAUCCCAUCUGCGAAAGAGAUGCAACGAGUAUUUUCAAGGACAGGACUCCCAAAGCUGUUUUUAGUUUCAUACUUUCGUGCUUUUAUCCAAAUACAAAUAAAAAACAUAACAAAAAUUAGAUUGUGAGACCAAACAUAACAGAAACAGAUAUUAGUACCAACUAAAGGUCAUAAAAGGCACAACAGAGAUCACAGAAAUUCCUAAAUAAUCUAAACUUUUGCAAUAAUAUUUAAGUCACAGUGAAACGGAGGUUAUAGCUUCUUUAUCUGCUGGUUUCUGGUACAAAUGUCAGGAACUUUCUUGAAUAUUAACUUUCCUUUACAGAAAAUACUAUCAUUUGACUUUAAGACUCAGUAACUUGUAUAGAUAGACAGAUAGACUCCUGCUGCUUCCUGUCCUCCUGUUUUAUGAAAACGUGUCCUGAUUUCGGCCUUGACCAGAACAAACUCUGCUGGGCGUCUGUUCCACGUGCGCCUUUAUUUUGAAAAACAUGAACCUAAUGACUCUGAGCUGACAGAUCGCCCUUCCCUGUCUCAAAGCUUGUUUGCAAACUCCUCGCUGUGAUCUGCUCUCAAGAGCAUCACAGUGACGCGAGAGAGAAAGACACUGUUUUUAAGGACGUUGUUGCAGGUGUGUUGUGAUUUUUAUUCUGUCAAUUGUGCGUUCUUUGUGGUGGAUUGUGUGGCAUAUUGUAAACAUGAAAAGUCAAUCAGUUUGUCAGUAUUAUGAGCUUAAAAGUUGAAUGCAUUUUUAAUAAUAUUUUCCUUCAUCUUCUGUCAACACAUUUGCAGGAUAAAGAGUAACUUAACUGCCCUAAAAGUGGCUAAAAGUCUGUUUCACCUCUGACGCGUGCUUUGUUGCCCCUGUAAAAACACCUAGCAGUGAUGUCACAGCGUACCGACACGCCCUGGAGUACACGUCUACAUCACCGCAGCGGGAUGCAAAGUUAAACCACCGGAGGUCGCCAGAAACACAGAUUUUAGGGGGUGUUGGUACAAGACAUCAAAUAGUAACAUUUUAUGUUUAACAUUGUACAAAUAAAUGAAAUAAAAUAAACUAGAAGAGCGUAAUCUACAAACAAGAUGAGGACCUGCUCAUAUAAACACACUGAGCUACUAGUGGUCAAAUAUAAAGGUUUCACAGCCACAGGAAAUCUUUAUAUCCUCUUGUAGACGCAGUAAUAUUCCUGAUUUUCCUGUUAUAAUCAGCAUCUGGACAUCAGAAGGACUGCAGCUGAAGGCCCUUCAACGCUGUCAGUCAUACUGGUUUAUAGACGGUAAAAAACUAAGACUUUUAUGCAGUUAGGAAGCAGUAAUAAAUUAGAUUUUCAUGGCUCCACACCAACACCGCUGACCUCUGAACUCAGACGGCUCAGUGGAGGAACUAUAACCUCCCUUCCACGGAGCAAAAACCUCAAGAAAAUCAGAACCAGCCUUUGUCUAGAGGGAAGUUUUGGAUCCAUCAGCCAAUUACAACGUGAGGGCAGGAACUCUCAGAGGGAGGUUUGAUCUCGAUUUGAAGCCGAGUACAGAUGUCCUGACUGUUGUUGUGCUUCACGGGGGGUUUCUGACCCAAAAGUCUUUGUUCUGCUGUUGGAACAGAAAGUCCACGAGUGACACAGCGCCACGUUUGUGAUUCUGCAGUAAACAAAAUGUCCAUCCAAGUUAUUUGGUGCACAUCGGUUUGCUUUCGUUGAGCAGUUUCGUUACGUUCAUCUCUAUAAAAGUGCAAGAAAGUAGGAUUAUUCCACUUCGUGAGAUUUUAAAUCUCAAUAAAAUUACUAAAUAAAAUGUCACUGUGGAUGUUUUUGAUAUGUUCUGUCACCAUAAGAAAUCUGAGGAUAAAUGCCUUUAAAGAAAGCUAUUGACUUGGAUGGAUAUUUGUUGUAUCUUGCGUUUCUUACGGCUGAGACUGAAGCUGAACGUUUGCCAAGUUUGUUGCUGUUUAUCUCUAAACGAGGAUGAUUUGAUUGUUAGAGUUAAAAUGUUCUCCUACAACAAGUAUAUGUGCACACACACACACACACACACAACGUAAGUAAGCAAAACAUCAGGCCACGUUGCUGCAUUUGUGGUCAGUUGUUGUUCUGAACGUGAAGGAGAGAUGGGAUGGUGCAUUGAGGGACACGCCGACAAAUGAAAUCUGACCCUGAAGACAAUGAGUAAACACAUUGGCAUCACUUGAAAAAGGGUAAAAACAGCUCUGAGAUUAUCUUCACUGCAUCUUUGUGUCUUUGAAAGCACCAACAGUUUAGGAGCACUUCUUGCAUUUACCUAUAACGUCACAUUAUCACUAAUAAAGGCCGCGCUGUAAGUGUCACGUUGUUCACUGUGAUCGCUAACAUAUUUCAAGGAUGUUUCAAGUUUCUGCAAGUUGAUUUUCUCACAAAAUAUUGCCGAAAUCGACUGAAAUCAGUGAUUGUGUGCGUUGGAAAAUGGUCAGCAGUAAUGUAAAGUAUGUGCUAAUAAAGUUUAAGCAGUUUUAAACACAA